AUGCGCUCGUUGUGGUCGCCGAAUCGGGCUUCCAGCCGCUGCAGAAUUGAUAGGGCGGCAUUCUCGUCGCCGGUGCGGAGUGUGGAGAGGAAGAGGUUCUCGUGGAUGGUCCAUGUCUCGGGUGUCUCGCGCGAGAAGAGGAGCGAGAGGGGCCAUGGGAGGUUCGACGUUGGUGUUGUAGAGAGGACGAGAGGGGCCUUUUGGGACAGCGCAAGGGCGGUGGGCGGCGGUAUUUGUGCGGGUGGAGAGAGAAGGUUGGCUUGUGUCAUGUUGGCGAUUGUUUGCGUCGCGGACGGGUGUGGAGUGCGUGUCAAUGGCGACAGAGUGUCUGGAGAAGCAUGUGGAGUUAGGUUCGAGAAAUCCCUCUUCGACCUCAUUCGGGGCCUCCGAAACCACAAGGGCAGCGAACGCGAAUACAUCGCCGAGAGCAUAAAAGAAUGUCGCAAGGAAAUAAGGACCAACGACAUGGACCUCAAGGCCACGGCACUCAUGAAGCUCACGUAUCUCGAGAUGUUCGGCCACGACAUGUCCUGGGCUAGCUUCAACGUUCUCGAAGUCAUGUCAAGCUCCAAGUUCAAGCAGAAGCGCACAGGAUACUUGGCUGCAGUACAAAGCUUUCGACGAGAUACCGAGGUCCUAGUGCUCGCAGAGAACCAACUCAAAAAGGACAUCAUGAGUUCGAGUCCACAAUACAUCGCGCUCCCGCUCGGAGCCAUCCCUCACGUCAUAAACCCGAGCAUGGCCAAUUCGGUUCUCUCCGACUUGAUACCACGAUUGACGCACUCGCAUGCAAUGGUCCGCAAGAAGACGGUCGUGACACUAUACCGGCUGGCUCUUGUGUAUCCGGAGACGCUACGACCUGCGUGGCCCAAAAUCAAGGAGCGCUUGCUAGAUGACAACGAGGAUGCGAGCGUCACAGCGGCAAUCGUAAACGUCGUCUGCGAGCUGGGAUGGAGGAGACCCCAAGACUUCCUACCGCUCGCACCAAGAUUGUUCGAUCUCCUAGUAGAAGGGGGAAAUAACUGGAUGGCUAUCAAGCUCAUCAAACUUUUCGCAACAUUGACUCCGUUGGAACCUCGACUUAUCAAGAAACUGCUUCCUCCGUUAACCAAGAUUAUACGGGAGACGUCUGCUAUGUCAUUGCUUUAUGAAUGUAUCAGUGGUAUCAUUCAGGGUGGCAUUCUGGAAGCCGUGGAAGGUACCGCAGAAGGCGACGAGGUAGCAAAGCUAUGUGUCGGCAAACUACGAGGCAUGAUGAUAAUAGAAGGAGAUGCAAACCUAAAAUAUGUCGCACUACUCGCCUUCGAAAAGAUCGUCAAAUCACAUCCAUACUUGGUUUCUCAGCAGCAAGAUGUCAUCCUCGAAUGCAUCGACGAUCCAGACAUCUCGAUACGAAUGCGUGCUUUGGAUUUGGUGGUCGGUAUGGUCAAUCCAGACAAUCUCACAGCCAUCGUGGGUCGAUUAAUGCGACAACUUCGGAAUGCACCCAUUGCGACAGCGGCAAGUGAUCCUAACAACGACCGGGCCAGACUUACUGGCAUAACGCCCUACGGUGAUGAUGAUUCUGACGCAGAAGAGACCCUGCCGCAGCACGAACAGAAAUCCGACCAACCGCCGCCGCUGCCAGAUGAUUACCGCAUCAGCGUCAUCAAGAGAAUAUUAGACAUGUGCUCACGCGACACUUACAGCAACAUUAGCGACUUUGAAUGGUACAUUGACGUCCUUACCCAGCUUGUCAGGGUAUCGCCGGCAACAAAAGCAUCCUCAGUUAUGGAAGAGGAGGAAGAAGUAGAACAUUCAGAUGACAUUGGUGGCGGCAUUGGACAUGAAUUACAGAAUGUUGCUAUCCGGGUAAAGAGCGUCCGAUCGGAAGCCAUAGAUGCCGCACAGUCGCUCGUGCUUGUUGAUCGAAGAGAUCAAAUGUUCCCAGCAUCUGGCAAUGGCGGUCAAGGUGUACUGGAAUACGCCGGUUGGCUUGUGGGAGAAUACGCCAACUAUCUUACUCGCCCAGAGCCGGUUAUGACGUCCCUACUACACCCCUCUUCUCUUCAACUAUCUUCGAGAACCCUUGCUGUGUACCUACAAGCAAUACCUAAGGUCUUCUCUAGCAUGGCUGGAAAUGAUCAGGUGUCAUGGACUCCGGAGCGCAAAACAUUAAUGUCCCUACUCAUGGCUCGAAUCAUCCAUUUCUUGGAGCCACUCUCUACGCAUCCCAGUCUAGAAGUCCAAGAACGAGCGGUUGAGUACCUCGAACUCAUGCGUCUCGCUGCAGAAGCUGCAUCUGGAACUGCUGCCAGCGCCGAUCAGGACACGUUUACCGAUCCACCCCUAUUACUUACACAAGCUAUACCUGCGCUGUUCUCUGGUGCUGAGCUGAACCCGGUCGCUCCUGGUGCUCAACGCAAGGUUCCGUUGCCCGAAGACCUCGAUCUCGACACACCAAUCAACUCCAAUCUCCAGCAUCUGCUCUACACAGCCGACACAGAAGGGUUUGAGACAGAGGAAGAUGAUGUCUAUGCAGCCUACUCGGAGCCACCAACAGCAUACGCGGAAGCUCCUACAGUUGCUGCACCGGCUGCAGACCGUCUUGAUGCCCCGCAUAAAGAACCGACAUCAUACCAGAACGCAACCGAGGAUGAGUACCUGGAUGCUGACAUUAUUGCGCGUCGGAAAGCAGAGAGGAAAGAACGCUACAAAGACGAUCCAUUCUAUAUCGAUCCCGAAGCGGACAAAGGCAGCGGAGCAGUCACACCACUUAGUAGAAUUGUCCGGGAUGGCAAUAGAGAGAACAAUGAGUUGGACAUCGAUUCGAUCCCGAUUAUGGAACUCAACCUCGAUAGUAAAGGAUCAUCUUCUGAACAUCUGCCACGUUCUCGGAGUCCGCGCAAGCCGGUGCGAAAGGUCGAUAUUAUGGGCGAUGAGACGCUUGGACCUGCAGCUCCAGAUGCUUUGAGAGAUGAUAUUGUUCGGCCACAGCCAGGAAAAGCAAAGAAGUCAUUGUUGGAUGUGGACAGCUCUGGUCUUGCAGCAUUAAGCCUUGACGACGAUGGUACAUCGAAUCGCAAGCUUACACAGCUCGAUAUUGAAAGGAAGGCCCAAGAGGAUGCUGAAAUGAAGAAGGCGCUUCAAGAAGUUGAGCGAUUACGACUCGAGAUGCAGCGAGCAAGUGAGAGGUUACAUGUCAAAGAAGAGGUCGCAGUCAAGAAGAAGAAGAGAAAGGUUAGGAAGGUUGCCGUGGAAGGAGACGAUCCAGCUGAGACGCCACCACCAGAGGCGGAAGUCGGCGACGAGGAAAAGGCAACGCCUAUCAAGAAAAAGAAGAAGAAGAAGGUCAAGCCUGAAGGACAUGAUGAAGAAGUAGCUGAAGGCGAAGCCGAUGGUGGGGUAGAAGGCAAAGUCAAGAAGAAGAAAAAGAAGAGGCGGACUGUUGUCAUGGAUGAGGGUGCAGAUGCGCCAGAGGAGCAGUAGUUCAAGCACGUUGCAAUGUGUCUUGAUCUUGAACAGAUAAGAUUCCAAAACCUCAAUACCAUGAUAUCGGCUAUUCCAAGCUCUCCCAAUACCGCAAUGCUGCCUCUAUAACGCCGUUUGCCCUAUGUAAUUGACGCAAGAAAGUGGUCUCUAGACCUGCUACCCCUCCAAGCUCUUCAAAGCUUCUCUCCGCCGUGGUCACCGUUCGUGUGCCUUGUAUG